GUAAUAUGAAACCCUUAAAAGACAGUCAAAGAUGUCACAAAGAUGAAGCAGAUCAAAUUAGUAGACGGAAAAACAGAGAAAAUGAAGUAUUAAAGGCCAUCAUUAAUAUUGAAGAUUCAAUGAAUGUUGAUCUUUGCUUCGUUCUGGAUUGUACAGGCUCUAUGUCUGCUUAUAUCGAAGCAGCGAGAGAGCAUAUAUUAAAAGUUGCUAGUUACGUAAACAGCAAUAAUUCAAAUAUCGAAUUCUGGGUCGGUUUCUGUGGUUAUCGUGAUCACUGUGAUGGUAGUGAUCGCUUACAAAUUUUUGAUUUUACUAACUCUCUCGAGAAAUUCAAAGCGUAUCUAACCAACAAAGUGAAGGCUAAAGGUGGUGGUGAUGCACCAGAAGAUGUCUUAGGUGGUCUUAAUGCUGCGAUAACUCAGAUGACAUGGAGCAAUGCCACCCGU